AUGCAAUUGAAAGCAAAAAUAUUUAAAACUUUAAUUUUGGGAGCACCUGCUUCUGGCAAAGGUACCAUAUCAAAUCGCCUGGUGAAGAAAUAUGGAUUCCAGCAUGUGUCAAGUGGCGAUAAGUUAAGGGAUCAUAUUGAAAGGCAGACUGAUCUUGGAAAAGAAGUCAAAAGCUUUUUAAAUGAAGGUAGGCUUGUACCAGAUGACGUCAUGAUUAAGUUUAUGGUUGCAGAACUGAAACAAGUUGAAAAUAAAUCCUGGCUUCUAGAUGGGUUCCCUAGAACAGUAGCUCAGGCUGACGCAUUGUGGAAAAUCAAACCAGUCGAUAUAGUUCUUAACCUGGUUGUACCAUUUGAUGUUAUUAUAGAUAGAGUGAAAAACAGAUGGGUUCAUUUACCAUCAGGCAGAGUUUAUAAUAUCGGUUUUAAUACACCCAAAGUUAUGGGAAAAGAUGAUAUAACUGGAGAGAAUUUAAUCCAGAGACCUGACGAUAAGCCAGAAGCAGUGAGAAAGCGUUUAGAAAUUUAUGAGAAUAUGACUAAACCAGUGAUAGACUUUUAUAAAACAAAAGGAAUACUUCAAGACUUUGAAGGGAAAACAUCAGAUGAAAUAUGGCCCAAAAUAACUAAAUAUUUGGAUCCUAUUUUGGAGAAAUAG